UAUUCAGCCUGCUCGACGUGCGGUUGCUGUGCAGCGCUCAAAGGCAGAAGUGUCCGACUGGAGGCAGCGGAGGGAGGCUGGAGAGGAGCUCAGAUUAGCGUUUUAGCACAAAAACUACCGUCAGUUCAUGUUCACGCGCCUCAACCUCUGGAUUUAACCCCCCGCCGUUUCCACUCCGGUUUCAUCUAGCCCGAGGACCGAGCAGAGAGGGACACAAAGAAAUUUGUCACCCUGCAAGAAGUUUCUACUCCGAGUUUUAGUAGUUUUUGAGGGGGGUGGGCUGACUGAGCUUGCACAGCUGCCCGCUGCGCUUCCCUCCUGCCCCGGCCAGACAGCCGUAAGUGAGCCCGCUGUCCUACUCUGUCAUCCAGCUGCGAGGAAUCAUGGCGCUCAGAGCCAGAGCGCUGUAUGACUUCAGCUCAGAAAAUCCUGGAGAGGUGUCGGUAAAAGAGAACGAAAUCCUAACUUUGUACAGCGAAAAAGACAUUGAGGGCUGGUUUGAAGGCACGAACAGUCGAGGAGAAAGAGGUCUGUUCCCCGCUUCGUAUGUGGAGAUCUUGAGAAACGACGGCUCCUCAACGGUCAACAACAACAGCUGCAGCACAUCUGGAGACACAAACACGGACUCCCGAUACGCCAACGUCCCACCUGGAGGUUUUGAUGGUUCUUGUAAACCAAAAGUUGAAAACUUUUCUAAACCACCUCCUCCAGGCUUCAGUACUUUCUCAGUUCCGCUACAACAGCAGCAGCAGCAUCCUCAGCAGCACAGUUAUCACCAGCCCAGCCAAGGCAGCGAUGAUGACUGGGAUGAUGACUGGGAUGACAGCUCCACUGUGGCAGAUGAGCCGGGGACUGUGGGAGGAAAGUACCAUGACUUUGAAGGCAACGGGGCCUCCACAUACAGAGUUUCAACAUCCUCAAUGUCUAGAGGUAAUGCACAGCAAGCAAAGAGCUCAGCUACAGUCAGUAGAAACCUCAACAGGUUUUCAACCUUUGUCAAGUCAGGAGGAGAGGCAUUUGUGCUGGGGGAGGCGGCAGGUUUUGUGAAAGAUGGGGAUAAGAUCUGUGUGGUGAUGGGUCAGUAUGGUCCAGAGUGGCAGGAGAACCCUUACCCAUUCACCUGUGCAAUUGACGACCCCACUAAACAAACCAAGUUCAAGGGCAUGAAAAGCUACAUUUCCUAUAAGCUGACACCCACGCACACACAGAACCCGGUGAACAGGAGGUAUAAGCACUUUGACUGGCUGUAUGCUCGCCUAGUGGAGAAAUUCCCCGUCAUCUCAGUGCCACACAUCCCAGAGAAGCAGGCCACAGGGCGCUUUGAGGAAGACUUCAUCUCCAAGAGGAGGAAAGGGCUCAUAUGGUGGAUGAACCACAUGACCAGCCACCCUGUUUUGGCCAGGUGUGAUGUUUUCCAGCACUUCCUCGCCUGCAACAGCACUGAUGAGAAGACCUGGAAGCAGGGGAAGAGGAAGGCAGAGAAGGACGACAUGGUCGGAGCCAAUUUUUUCCUCACCAUCAGCCCUCCACCUGCUCCACUCGACUUCCAGGAGGUGGAGAGCAAAAUAGAUGGCUUCAAGACUUUCACUAAAAGAAUGGACGACAGCACCUUGCAGCUCAAUGCCACUGUCAACGAGUUUGCUCGCAAGCAGAUCAGUGGCUUUAAGAAGGAGUAUCAAAAAGUGGGGGUGUCAUUUAAGAUCUUGAGCCAAGCCUUCGAGAUGGACCAGCAGGCAUACUCUGCAGGACUCAACCAGGCUAUCUCCUUCACCGGAGAUGCAUACGAAGCAGUUGGAGAGUAUUUUUCUGAGCAGCCCAGCAAGGAUCUUGAUCCAAUCAUGGAUUUGUUAGCUCUUUACCAAGGGCACUUGGCAAACUACCCAGACAUCAUCCAUGUCCAGAAAGGAGCCCUGACAAAGGUGAAAGAAAGCCAAAAGCACGUGGAGGAGGGUAAGAUGGAUCGGUCACAGGCAGAAGGAAUCAACGACCGCUGCAACAUCAUUUCCUGUGCCACGCUGGCUGAGAUCCAGCACUUCCACCAGAUCCGUGUGCGAGACUUCAAGGCACAGAUGCAGCACUAUCUCCAGCAGCAAAUCGCCUUCUUCCAAAAAAUCACGGGCAAGCUAGAAGAGGCUCUGCAGAAAUACGACAAUGCAUAAUGGCUCUGUCGUCUCAGCCCUUUGGUUUUAUCUCUGGGGAUGAAUGGCCAUGCACCUCCCAUGUCCAACUAAUGGUGUUUUGGCAAACUACCUACAACAACCACGUACUGCUGAAAGCUGCAGGGCGGAAUGUUCAAGAUUAUACUUCAGACAUUUUAACCGAAUCCGGGUUUCUGUAUUUGUUGGAUUUUUUUUUUUUUGGCACUGGACAAAAGAAGACAUGGACUUUCAUGAAUUUUGAUUAAUUUUUAAUAAAAAAAACAACAACAAAGGUCUAAUUCUUUAAAAUUGAAUGAAAAUUAACAAUAUGGAUGGUUCACCACUUGCUUUGGUGUAUGGGUGAAUUCAGUCAAAUCAAUGUUACGACCUGCAGAGAGAGAGAAUCCUGUAUCCACUGCUGCCUCCACGUCUGGUGCAAGAUUUCAUACAACAAGUGUUUUUAGCCUUAUGACACUGUUUCUAAGCGAUUGUUGAAGAGACUGCCGCUCCAGGAGCGGUGACACUUUUGUGGCCAACACGUUGCCUUCUUGAAAUGCUCAGUCCUUUCCAGGAAUAUUGUUUUUUUUUUUCUUUUUUGUUUCUUUCUCCCCGGACAAACAGAACAGAAUGUUUACAGUCUCCUCACUGAGCAGCCGCUGUCUCCACUGUCUCACCGUGCCUUCUGAUUAUGUCUCUCUGGUCACAUUUGUUACUAGUUACUAAAUAGCUUUAUUUACUGUUUAUGUAGAAAUAUAUUCUAUUUGUUUUUACAAAGCUAUAAGCUGUGCGGUCUUGGGGUAUAUAUAUUAAAAUAAAACAAAAGACUGUUCUUAUUAUGGGAAAUAUUGAAUUGUGCUGUUUGUUCUGCAAGUGGCUCCAUGAUUGACCUUUUUCAGUGUGAUGACAUCAGAAUCAGGGAUUACCUGCUUUGACUAUUAAAACCCUUUAUUUGCUUAUACCAGAUUUUUUUGGUCAACAACAUACCAGUUUUGGGGGGUUAGUGUUCAGAGGCAGGCUGUUAGAGGCUGGUUUAAACAAUGCAGUCCUGAUUGCACAGUUCUAGACAGUUUCGGCUGUACUGACGUUUUUAAACUUUAUGAGGCGGGUUGCAUCAUGAAGAGAUUAAUGUAGAGGCAGAGACUUCAAAUAAAUUCAUCUUCCACAGAAAGAUGUUGGUUGGU